AUGAGGCUCCCUAAUCCGUUCAGCUUCCGGCCGGGGCCCGUCACCUUCUGGACCACGGCCGUCUACCUCGCCCUCGUCAUACCGCUGAUCUACGUCCACGAAACGGUGCCGUCUGCGCCAUCGAGCCACUCUCUCAAGCAGGGCCUGGAUCUGGACGAGGCGUGGCUCGAUUUACAGCUCAUGACGAGACAGUACCACCCGUACAACAGCCGAGCAAACACAGAAGUCCGCGAGUUCCUCAUCAAGCGCUCUCACGAAAUCCUCGACCGGAAUGGCGUUCCUUACAGAACCGAAAAGACUGGAGGAGUGAUUUGGGAUGCCAGGGCCAAUGCCAAUGCCAAUGACGAGCUGAGAGCCAAGCGAGCGCCCGGUGCCACCAUCUUCGAUGACCGCAUCUCCAACGUGACCUGGACCGUCGAUUCGCUGCUCCAGAGCACAAAGGGCGGCUCCAAGACGUGGCAGGGCUACUACUUUGAGGGAGACAACUUUUACAUCUACAUCCACGGCCAGGAAGAUCCCGAGGGCGACUGGUGGACCUCGCAGGCCGGAGCAGCCAGCUACAGCAGAUCCGGAGGUGUCCUUGUCAAUUGUCAUUUUGACUCCGUCUCGACUGGAUACGGCGCCACCGACGAUGGCAUGGCCUGCGUGAGCAUGCUCCAGCUCUUGAGCUACUUCACCACCGAGGGACAGCAGCCGAAACACGGCAUCGUGCUGCUCUUUAACAAUGCCGAGGAAGACGGCCUGCUGGGCGCCCGCGCGUUCGGUUACAGCCCGCUGCUCAAGUUCUGCCACACCUUUGUCAACCUGGAGGGAGCCGGCGCUGGCGGCCGUGCCAUGCUUUUCCGAACCACGGAUCUCGAGGCUGCCAAGGCCUACUCCAAGAGCCCUCACCCCUUUGGAUCCGUCGUCGCGGCCAACGCGUUUGAGCGUGGAGUCAUCAAGAGCGGGACCGACUUUGAAGUGUUUGCCCCUGACUUUGGACAGCGCGGCGUGGACAUUGCCUUUUACCAGCCGCGAGCACGCUACCAUACCGAGGACGACGAUGCGCGCCACACUUCGGUCCGCAGCAUCUGGCACAUGCUGUCAGCCGCUCUGGCGACUGCGGAGAGAUUCUCAGAGCUCACCGACACAGUCUUCAGCGGCGAUCGGCGCGACGGCGACAAGGACUUGGUGCAGAACGGCAAGCCAACCGAGGGUGUCUACUUUGACUGGUAUGGCAGCGGCUGGUCGGCGUUUCCGCUUCGAGGCCUCUUUGCGUGGUCCCUCACUCUGCUCCUAGUCACGCCUCUGGUCUUGAUCGUCGUCACCUAUCUGCUGAUACGUCAGGACAAGUACUACUUCUUCGCCAAGGACGUGGAGCUCGAGAACUCUGAGCUCCAUGACGACCCGAUUGCUCUUGGUGGUUGGCGCGGCUUCUUCCGGUAUCCUCUAGCCCUCAUCUUUGCCGUGGGCCUGACAUUGGGAGCGGUCUUGCUGGUCGCCAAGGUCAAUCCACUCAUCAUCUACAGCAGCGGAUAUGCAGUCUGGGCCAUGACCGUGUCUUUAUUCUACAUCUCCUUCUUCAUGAUCAUGAGAGGUGCCAACUUUGUCAGACCGUCCGCCCUGCACCGCGGAUUUGCCCUCAUCUGGCUGUUUAUUCUCUCGUGGAUUGUGCAGGUCAUUGCUGCCGUGGCUGAGGAUCGCAUGCACAUUGGCGGCCUCUACUUUGCCGCCUUCUUCCACACAGCCGUCUUUGUGUCGCUCUUCAUCUCGCUGGUCGAGCUGUUUGCUCUGCCUGGAAAGGAAGAUUUCGCCAAUCAGUUCCAAGACGACGCGGCACCGUCACAUAUCCGGGUCACCAGCUCCGACAACACAAUUACCGGCCACGAAGACGACCAAGAGGACGCUACAGAGACGACGCCGCUGAGGGCUCGAGAGCACAGCUACGGAUCGAGCGACCACCCGACGUUUGCCAGCACGUAUCGACGGUCGGCUCAUCUGGACGACCCUGCCCCCUCGGACUUGAUCAGCUUCCCGCCGUACGAGCACGAGCAGGCGUGGUCUGGGCGGCUGCCGACGUGGACCUGGAUUGUUCAGUUCCUGUUGCUUGCCCCCAUCCACAUCAUCCUCGUGGGCAAUCUGGCAUUGGUGCAGACUUCCGCAAUGGCCAUGAACGGCGCCGACGGCGGCAGUCUCUUGCCUCCCAUCAUGGGCGUUGGGAUCAUGACCAUCCUCCUGCUGCUCCCUCUGACCCCUUUCAUGCACCGCAUCACUCGCCACGUGCCGCAAUUCCUGUUCGUCGUCUUCGUCGCCACGUUCAUCUGGAACCUAGCUGCUUUUCCCUUUUCAAACAAUGCCCGCUACAAGCUGUACUUCCAGGAGGUUAUCGAUGUAGAUGCGGGAACAAAUGUGGCUACUCUGACUGGUAUCCCAGAAUAUCUCCACAAAGUCAUUGACUCUAUCCCGUCUGCCACGGGCCAAGAUGUUGAAUGCAGGGCUUCCACGCGUUUAGGCCUCACUACGUGCGAAUACGAUGCGUCAUCUCUGCCGCCGUAUCUCGCCAACGGCACAGACCCCAAGGACCUGAUUACCGUGUCGAGCUCGAGGUCAUCCGACGGAACGACGGCGAAUCUCAAGGUCGACGCCUUGGACACCAAGAUGUGUAUCCUGAACCUUACUCGGCCUGUGUUUGGGUUUACCAUUAAUGGCGGCGCCCCCCCGGACACGCGAUUUGGGACGAUCCCGCGUGGCGGUCUGCGGGGGAUCACCCUCUUCAGACGAGAAUUCGAAGGGCCAUGGGACGUUGACCUGCAGCUGACGGGGGAGGACGACGUGCUGGACGAGGACGAGCUGGAGGUGACGGUCAAGUGCGCGUACAGCGACAUGAACGACGACAAGACGAUACCGGUGCUGCGCGAGCUGUACCAGUACAUGCCAAAGUGGGCCGUCAUCAGCAAGACGGCGGUUGCCCUUGUCGAAGUCAGGAAGAAGUUUACGAUAUCAUGA